CGCCCCCCCCCCCCCCCGCCGUUCUCGCGGCGGGGGAGCCAUGGCGCUUCCCGUGCCGGUGCCGGUCCUGGUGCUGGUGCUGGGGGCGCUCCUGGCGGGCGGCGGGGCCGGGUCCGAGCCGUGCCAGGCCCCGGGGCAGUGGGAAGGGCGCACCGUGUUCUACCGGCACGGCACGGGCCGCAUCACCAGGGCGGCCGUCUCCUACGACGGCCCCAACCAGCGCCUCCGCAUCCUGGAGGAGAAGAAGGCGCUCAUCCCCUGCAAGAAAUUCUUUGAGUAUAUAUUGCUCUAUAAAGAUGCAGUGAUGUUUCAGAUUGAGCAAGUUACAAAGCUUUGUUCGAAGAUUGCUCUGACUGAGCCAUGGGAUCCGUAUGAUAUCCCCGCCAAUUCAACAUACGAAGAUCAGUACUACAUUGGGGGACCUGGAGAUCAAAUUAUGGUACAGGAGUGGUCUGACAGAAAACCAGCCAGGAAAUUGGAAUCUUGGGUUGGCAUUUACACAGUCAAAGACUGUUACCCAGUACAGGAAACCUAUACAAAGAACUACAGCGUGACAACCUCCACUCGGUUUUUUGAUCUACAGCUAGGUAUUGCUGACCCAUCAGUGUUUACCCCACCCAGCACCUGCCAGACAGCCCAGACAAGGAGAAUGAAAGAUGAAUGCUGAUUAUGGACACUGGCUGCCCCAGGCAAACAAAUAUUAGCCAGGAGGAUGGUUAUUAAUAGUCCACUGCUGACGUCUAGUCUGAUUUUUCAAGCUUAUUGUUGCUCUUUUGGGAAUUGUAAGUUUUCACUUGAAAGAGAACAUAAACAUUUAACUGAAUAAAAUAUGUAACACAAAAGAUCUCUUUCAUCAUAUUAAUCUGUUCAGUGAUGCACUUGAAGUACAUAUAGUUACCACUAAGAUAAUAUUUAUAGAUACUAUUUAUUUAAACUAUGGCUGAUUUUCCUUUUGCAAAGGUUUUAUUAUUUAUUUUUUCAAGAAGACGAAGUAUAAGCAGACUGCAAUAAUGGUAACAUCAUGAAGAAAAAGCUAGAUUUUGUUGUUACUUCUGGGGGCUCGAGAGAAGGGGAAAUAUGUCCUGGGUAAGAACUCAUCCCUGCCUGACCAAAAAAUAUUCCAUUUUAAACAAUGUACAUCAAAAGUAUGGAAAUUCAUUCCCUUGGUUUUGUUGCCUAAUGUCUGAACUGAUUUUUUGCUUUCUGCUAGAGUAGUUCUAUUCACAUAAUGCUGGCUGACAUGCAAAAAAAAAAAUCCUUUUCUGUUUCUUGGGAGAAGGGCAUGAAAGGAAGGGAAGGAGGGAGAGGGACAACCCUAAAAAGUAAGCCAAAGUUUUCUUGCAUUUACUACACUUUUGGUGAAGUAUUCCAGAAGGGUACAAUUAGAUAUUUUUCAAUAAUAUUUUAUUUUAGCACUCACUUUUUGAGGUAAUACUAGCUUUAACCUAUGCAAAAAGAUUGAGAGGUACUGCACUCUAAAUGGCUUUAAUGUUUUGUAAAUAUUUUCAAAAGUCUUUCCAUACUCAAAGAGUACAGAAACACCAUUGUAAUUCCAUACAGAAGUGGAAAAAAAAUGUUCUUAGUACAUAAUUAGGAAAGCCUAAAUCAGCAUUCAGAUAGUGCCUCACAAUGUUGGGAAAGACAAAGCUGUGUGACCAGUGCAAGGAGGUGGAAGGAGGAAUUGCAGAGAGAGGUUUUAGAUGUCUUAUGUAUGGUGUGAUGGGAAGGCACUGAGAUCUAAGCUGAAGUGUCAAUCUUGCUUUCUUUUGCACCUCCUCUGUUGAUGACUACCAAAUUUGCUGUUCAGUCAGCAUUUCAAACCUUGUCAUCUCCACAUCCUUUUCUGGUGGGCAGAGUGAAAGUUUCUGUAAGGGAAAUAAAUAACCAAAAAAGUGCAAGAAGUGCACAUAUUUUGCUUUAAAAAAUUCAAACCAAAUCUGCAUGCACCUGCAGGUGAUCAAAAGUAUGGAAUGGUGAUGGAUUUUGUGCAUUUACCAAAUGAAAUUAAUUAUCCCAUUCUAUAAGUCUAGGCAUGCAUUUUAUGCAUCAUUUGCAAAUAUGUUUAAAGCCAGGUUCCUGUCCUCUUGCACGUGCUGGGUAGUAGUUUGUUCCAGAAGUUGUCUAGCUGAAAAUAGUGCAACACUGGGAGGUUUGGUGUGGUUUUGGGCAGAGCUACCAAGUUCUGUUUCUUCCUUAGUGGCUGCUGGACUCUUCCCCACAAAUAGUGUGCUUUUCCAGGGCACCUUUUAGUGAAGAAAAAUUAUCCAAGUUGACAAUGAUAGGAAGUCUUGCAUAAAUAGGAUACACAAUUUACUACUGUCUGAUAGUAACAUAGCUGAGGAAAACUAAAGGCUUUCACCAUCUCUGGAAGAGAGAUGCUGGGCAGGCUUUUAGUGCUUUAUAAGCUCAUAGCUUUUUAUACAUAUACAAGUGGUACCACGGUUAUUUUCCUUUCACAGUUGUGGUCAGGCUUUUUUUUUUAGCCUUGUGCCUAGUGAAAACAUAUACACUAAAAUUUAGAUAGUUCAUUAAAAAUUUUCUCUCAGAAAAGUCCAUUCACUGAAAUGUGCUAGUGGAAAAAAAGGAGUGUGUUUCCUUGAACUUUAGAUGCAUUUAGUCUGUACCGGUCUUUCGUAUUUUUGUGACAACCUAAAAACCAACUGCAUAUUGUUCUCAUUAGGGCAAUGAUUAGCAUGCAUUUCUUAAUAUCUGUUUCUUGCUGGAAUCUGGAAGACAUAAUAAAUCUGGCUUGCAAACAUGAAGCUGUGGUACCAUAUUGUUUGGGAUUACUUUGUUGUGGUAGAGCAGAUAGCUGAGUAAUCAGAGUGCUUGUAUUACGUUUUGCUGACAGUGAUAUAAUUUCUAGCAAUAAUAUUAAAUGUUCCUUUAAAAAUGAAUUAGAAGUCUGUUACACAGAAAUGCUUUAAAAAUGUUGAGUGACAUCCAGGGUGAUUUUAUAUGGCUAAAUAUGUACCUCUAAAACAAUGCUGUUGUCUUUGUCUUUAUCCUCUGCAAAUUCAAUAAAGAGAGUUG